AUGGGGGAGCACAUCCAGAUGCUCAUGCUGAAGGCGGUGCGCGACCCCAUCAGGGUGAUACGCCACACGGCGGGCACCGUGAUCACCACCAUGCUCGAGAAGCUCGGCGUGAUUGCGUGCUCCCAGACCUUGGACCAGCUGGCUGGGUUUCUGAGCGACGGCAGUGCUGAUGUUGUUGAUGGUAGUUUCAAUGCGCUGAACAAGAUAUGCGAGGAUGGCGUCAGUCUGCUGAAGCAGCUUUGGGAGGCGCCGGCCGAGUACACGGAGCCUUUCGUGACCUGGUCCACCCAGCAGUUGUUGCCGCGUGUGUUCGAGUACGCUUCGCCGAGGGCGUCCGUCAUCGCGCGGCAGAACGCGAUCGAAUGUCUCAACCAUUUUGCUUUGGGUUGGGUCUUGAAUGACACCGAAAGAUAUGCGGCGUUCCAGCCAUACGCCCAGAGGUAUGUCGAGGCUCUUGGCAUUCUAGCCAACGACACUGACGUUGUGGUCUUGACGCACGUAUGCAAAGGAUUCGUGUGCAUAAUUGAGAACAGCUGGACUUGUCUUGCGCCGCAGAAUGCUCAGGCGGUCGUACAGUAUAUGCUAAAAGCAUCGCAGCACCCCGCGUAUGAAGUAAGGCAAGAGGCACUCGAGGUGUGGACACCGUGCACUAACUCUCACGAGAUGCUCGCUCUGAUCGCCCCAAUUCUGCCAGAGUUGGUGCCCGUGUUGUUGGCCAACAUGCGGUUCUCCAACGCCGACUACAUGGGCAUGGAGCAAGCUCAGAUCGACGACGACAAUGCCGAGCAGCCAGACCAGCUCGAGGACAUCAAGCCGCGCUUUCACAAGGAGGACGGCGAUGACGACGACGACGGGCAAGGCCAGAGCGGCGGCGCCUGGGGGGCCGAGUGGACGGUGCGCAAGGCGGCGGCUUCGUCACUCGACCACCUGGCCAACGCCUUCUCCGCGGGGAUCCUGCCCAUCGUGCUGCCGCUGAUACAGCAGAGGCUCGAGGACCCGUGCUGGGAGGUGCAGGAGUCCGGCGUGCUGGCCCUGGGCGCCAUCGCCUUCGGCUGCAUGGCGGGGCUGGUGCAGUUCCUGCCCAAGGUUAUGGAGCUGCUCCUCCGGCUCUGCCGGGCCGACAAGCCGCUCCUCCGCAGCAUCUCCUGCUGGUGCUGCGCACGCUUCUCUUCAUGGUUCUGCCAGGACCAGAGCUGCAUGGACCAGGCGAUCCUGCGGGAGGUGCUGAAGGCUCUCCUGGAGCGGGUGCUGGACAAGAACAAGCGCGUGCAGGAGGCUGCGUGCAGCGCGUUCGCCACGCUCGAGGAGGAAGCGCGUCUACAGCUGGUGCCCUUCCUCGACGACAUAGUGUCUACGCUCGCGCGGGCUCUCCAGUAUUAUCAGGCCAAGAACUUAUUGAUCCUGUACGACGCCGUCGGCACACUGUCAGAGCAGGUGGGCCAGCAUCUUGCCAAGCCGCAGUACAUUCAGGCACUGAUGGGGCCGCUGAUGGCCAAGUUCGAGAGCGUCGCGGACAACGACAGGUCCAUCAUUCCGCUGUUUGAGUGCCUGUCGGCCCUGUCGCAGCACUUGGGCGAGGCAUUGCUGCCCGUCAUGCCCCGGCUCGCCCAGAGAUGCACCCGGCAGGUGCUCGAGGGGGCGCAGGCUUCGCAGCGGGCCCAGCAGAACCCGAACGAGUUCGAGAAGCCGGACCGAGAGGUGAUGGCAGCCAGCAUCGACCUGCUGGCUGGCAUAGUGGAGGGCCUGGGCGAACGUGUCCAGCAGGUCCUCGCACAGCACAACUUCAUCAUGGUGGCCCCAGAGGUGCUGAAGGACACGUCGCUGCAGGUGAAGCAGAGCGCGUUCGCCCUGUGCGGUGACUGCGCGAAGAACUGCAUUGAGUACAUGAAACCGUUCUUGCCACAGGUGCUUCCACUCUGCGCCGCUAGUCUUAGGCAGAACACUUCUGCCACUGUCAGCAAUAACGCGGCUUGGGCCAUCGGCGAGGUUUGUGUGAGAGUCGGGCCGGAAUUCAUGGCACCUUUCCUGGAUGAUCUGAUGCCAGCUCUUGCCAGCGUGCUGACACGGCAGGGUAUGCAGUAUGGUCAGAAGCAGCAGCUGCUCACGCAGAACGUGUGCAUCACAAUCGGCAGACUCGGAGUGGUUUGCGGCCCCCAGAUUGCCAAAGGUUUUGGAAGUUUUGCCCAGCGAUGGUGCUUGAUCAUGAAGCACGCCCGACUAGAUCACGAGAAGGUGAACGCCUUUCAGGGCUUGUGCAACAUGCUCCGGGCCAACCCAGAGGCCGCGCUCGGAUGCGUGCCUGCCCUCGCGGGUGCCAUCGCGUCGUUUUAUCCGGCCCCAGAGUUCUUGCAGCCCAGUUUCGCGGAGAUUCUGAAUUCAUACAAGCAGCAGCUGGGCGCGAGCUGGCCAGAAGUGUACGCUCAGCUCCCCGAUGACACCAAGGUCCGUCUCGGCCACAUGUAUAACCUGGGACCCUCCUGA